ACGCAGGGUUUGUUUACAUUGUCGGACGUGUGAUGAGAAUCAGAGAGAAGAAAGCUUAGUAUGCUUCUCUGUGGUAAAUUAGAGGAGAUAGCGAAGGAAGGACAGAAUUAAAGGAAGAUUGAGUUUAUUUGAGCAAUGGCAACCAUCAUAAAAGAUCCCAGUCUCCCUAAAAACUGGGUGCGGAAGACCUCACGAAGAUGCCCAACUGCUUCGUACUACUUCAAUAUCAAGACUGGGAAGUCAACGUGGAUGCAUCCAGCCUUUCUUGAGCAAAAUGCAAAAGAUAUAUCACCACAAACCACACAAGAAAAGGAGGGCGAGAAUGAGAAGUCUGCAUAUAACAGCAAUAAAAAGACAACUAAUGAAAACCAGGUGACAUCAUCAACAGAAGCAUCUUCUUUCCAAGAGAUUGACACAUCAAAGGAAUCAAAGCCAGAGCCUUUGGCUAAAAGAGAAGCUGUUAAAUUUGUCAUAAAAUCAAAGACUUUCGGUGAAAAUACAACCAAGCAAGAAGGAGAGUCCAAAGCAAAGAAAGAAAGCAAAAAAAUUCAUCCUCUCUUGCUACAUGCCAGGAAGGUUGCUGAGAGAUCCAUUUGGUCUAAGAAGACAGGGGAUUCUUCAAAGAAGGCAGAAGAAAAGUCAGAUUCCAAAGCAAAAACAGAGGAUUUUGUUAACAGUUUGGAUCAAAAAAUUCUCAGAGCUUUUAGGAGAAUCAAAGAUCAAGAAGCCUUAACUGCAAAUGAUGAUGCAAAGGCAGAACCUGAAAAGAAAUCAGUUGAAAGUUCCAGAACAUGUUCUGAGAAGGAAAAAGAUGAAGUAUGGAAGGAGUUCAAAAAAAAAAGAAAAGUUGUCACAGCAAGGAGACGGCUUGUAGGUUUGCAGAAAGCUCAAUUAGAUAAGGAAGUUACAAAGACUACCUCAAAAGACAAGGAUAGUAAAGCUUCAGUUACCAUAGAUAUAUUUGAAUCUUUGGAAAGAGAUAGUUAUAGCAGGAUUAAAACUUUAAAGAAAUAUUCACAGCAUCCUUCAAAGUUAUCAGAGUCUCAUGGUUCAGACUCCAAACAAAUUAGCUCAAAGAGUGAUAGUAUCUUGAAGAAAGAGAGCAAAAGUGUGAGAUCGGUCAUGAAGAAGAAUGAUAUUCUUUGUACACCAAACAAAAUUGAAAGCGAAUCGGGAGUCAAGAAGAAAAUAGAAGGCCUUGAUAGUGAACCAAGUGAUACUUUUGAAAAACCUCCAACCUACUCUGUAGACUCACCAUCCUCAUCCCCCAAAGAGAGUGUGCCAAAUUCAUUAACCAAUAAGACCAGAACUGAUGAUUCAAAGUACAAUGCAUUUGAUGAAAGAACUGACGAUAGAAGACACAGGAGAAGGAGGGGGGACAAGAAUAGCUCUAGAUCAAAGAAAUCUGACAAAGGUUCCUCAUCAGAGGAAAGGAAGUUACGAUGUAAGAAGGAGCCAGUGCCAGCAAAGGAUUCAGAUGAGGUGGUCCACAUGGAGGUGGAGGAACAGGAGAUCAUCUCAGAGAUUGCCAAUUUUCGAGGAUCUAUCAGCCACUCUAGACACCAGGGUGUGAGUCAAUUGUUGACCUCUAAAAUAGACAGCAGCUCAACAUCCUUAUAUGUUGUGGUCGAUACGAAUGUCCUCAUCAAAGACAAAGAGUUUCUGAACAGCUUGAAGGGAAGAGCAAUAGAAGGGCAAGAGACUGUAAUUGUAAUUCCUUACACAGCACUUCAAGAAAUGGAUGGCCUGAAGAAGAACGAAGCCAUUGGGAGAGCUUGUCAGUCUGCCAUAUCAUGGUGCAACCAUCACUUUGAGGCAAAAGACCCUAGAGUGCAGGGCCAGAGCUAUGAUAUUUACUUGGAAUCAUUAUCCAAGAAUCCACGAGCAAGUGGAGAUGACCUCAUCCGUGAUUGCUGUUUACUUAUGAAGAAGGAUGGGCUAGAUGUCUGCCUGCUCUCCAAUGACAUCAACUUGCGAAACAAAGCAUUGAUGUCCAACAUCUCCUCAAUUGGUGUUCGUGAUCUUAAAACCAAACUGGAAGAAACAGCAAGAAACAAAUGCAAUAAUAUUGUGGAGGAUUCACAACAGCUUGAAGUAUUAGGCAUGCCAGACAAUGAUGUGCAGAUCUUCGAAGAGAAUAAUUGCCUCCCAAGCAAUCAGAUAAGCCAGGAUGAAGAUCUAGAGAGUCCUUUACCAGUGAAGCAAGCGAGAAUGACUCCCAGCAAAGCAUCUCAUAAACAGAGGACACCAAAACAUCCUGCUGGUAGUCGCCUGAGUCUCGAGAACACCAGACACUUGGGAGACAUCAUAGAAUCCUUGCAUGCAACUCUUGGACAGAUCCUGGAGCACAUCAUGAUUGAGGCAUAUGGAGACAUGUGGAUGUCAAUUGUGAUCCACAAACCCCCCUGGACACUGCAGGAGAUCUUCUUUUGCUGGGACAAGCACUGGCUUGCUGUGAUGAUUGAGAAAUUCCCUAGGGACUUGCAGAACCUAAUGAAGAAGAUCCGGUUGACACUCAAAGCAAACAUCAAGGAGGAGGAGGAUAUCAAAAUCCUCAAAAAAAAUGUGGAGUUGCUCUACAACUUCUUUAAGGAGGACCCAUACAAGAAGUUCAUAACACCUAUCCAUUCAGAAUCAGUCUCGCUGUCCCCAGAUGCUACAAUGAAGGAAGCCUUAACGCCUCCAAGAAUGACAGAUACUCAUGAGGAAGCAGGGUUUGGAGAAGAAGCCUUGGGACAAAACACCAAUGAAAUUAACAAUGUGCAGGAGAUGAUCAACCACGUUGGCAUGCACAUCACGCAUUUCACUGCUUUAAUCCUUGAUGCAUAUGGAGAAUCCCAUGAGCUGCCGAAGUUUAACACAACCACCACUAUGACCCAGGAAAAUGCUCACUCCAGUGCUGUUAACCUACAUAAUGUCAUAAUGAAUAUGGGAACAGCAAUUGUCAGGUGUGUCAAUGAAACCACGGCCGAGUCAGUGCAGAACUUUGGAGAGGUCCUGAUCAACUUCUGGGCUGAGGCAAAGGAGCCGUGUCCGAACCUUCCUUUUACAGCAGAAGACAUCAUGCACAUGACUGCCUCGCCUGUCGGUCUUCAGUUCUUGCAAGUCACUCUGCAGGAACUGGAGAAGUUGAUAAAUAUAUUGAAGUCGGUGCUGGAAAAACACUGAUAGGAAGAUAAGAAUUACCAAAAAAGGGCUGUGAUAUGAUCUUUCUUUAUCUGUACAUGACUGUUAACAUGUAAUGAGGUAGAAAGGAAAUUGCUGUUGCUAAUAUGUAAUACAUAUUUUGAUUUACUCUUUCAUUUUGUUGUUGUUUUUAUUAUAAUUAUUAUUAUUGUUAUUAUUAUUAUUACUAUUACUAUUACUAUGAUUAUUAUUUUAUUAUUAUUACUAUCAUUAUUAUAUUUUUGUAAGUUUUAGGUAUUAUGUUGCCUAUCAAAGUUUAGGUGAAGCCUUUCAUUUCAUUUAUUGUCUUACAGAUUCUUUCUUCUUCGUCUUCUUCUUCUUCUUCUUCUCUGUAUGUACUCUUCUGUUGGGAAUUAUAUUUGUUGUUGUUUUAUCAUACAGAAUAUUGUAAUGAUAUAGCUAUUGAAUUUUGGCUUUAUAUGUCUGUAUGUAUGAUUGCGUGUUUAGAGGAUUGUGUAUUCAUUAUAGGGUUUUAUCUGCCUUUCAGAGUGCCUUACAGUCAUGUAUUUGAUACAUACAUUAUGCAUAGGGAAAAUUGGUCUGUGAUACAUGUACUAUGAUAACCUGCUACUGUUGAUGUAAUAUUUGUUAGUCAUUUUGUAAAUAUGUUCAUUCAUAUUAGGUCUCAUAGGUUUAUUUUCUAUUAUAUUAUAAGACAGUUGUAGGUUUAAUACCAUUUACAAAUGGACCAAAGCAAAGGAUCUUGACAAUUUUGAGUUGUUGGUUUUCUGUAAUUUGCUAAACAUAUUAUUUAUUCAUUCUUUUCUGUUCCUUCCUGUUAGUUUCAUCACUUUUUCUUGUUUUAAGAGAAUUAAGUCUUCUCAUGUUUUCUGGAAUUUCUUAUUUUAUUGUAUCAAAAAGGUGUGAGACAGAAGAUUAGAUUAUGAAUCAUCAUAUGUUUUGUAUAUAUCAGUCUCAGAAGGUAAAGUUUAUGGAAUUGCAA